AGUGUCCCAUGGGUGACAUUACCUGCCCGACCUGCGCUGCGGCACCGGUCCCACCCCUUGAGUCAGGCGGUUGCGCUCGCACCGCAAAGGAAACUUUGCUCCUUCCUCCCGUCGGUGCCUCCGGGAGCCGCCGGCUUCGGGAAGCAGGGAACGGAGCGGCCGGGGCGCCAUGGGCAGCGCCGAGGAGGAUUAUAACUUCGUCUUCAAGGUCGUCCUGAUCGGGGAGUCUGGGGUGGGCAAAACCAACCUGUUGUCCCGUUUCACCCGCAACGAGUUCAACCACGACAGCCGCACCACCAUCGGCGUGGAGUUCUCCACCCGCAGCAUCCUGGUGGGAGACUCCGUGGUGAAGGCUCAGAUCUGGGAUACAGCCGGGCUGGAGCGGUACCGUGCCAUCACCUCCGCGUAUUACCGGGGGGCUGUGGGUGCCCUGGUUGUCUUUGACAUCACCAAGCACCAGACAUACGAUGUGGUGGAGCGGUGGCUGAAGGAGCUCUAUGACCAUGCUGAGCCCAGCAUCGUUGUCAUGCUGGUGGGGAACAAGACGGACCUGGCACAGGCUCGGGAGGUGCCCAUGGAGGAGGCAAAAAUGUUUGCAGACAACAACGGGCUGUUGUUUGUGGAGACCUCCGCGCUGGAUUCCACCAACGUCGAGCAGGCGUUUGAGACCAUCCUGACGGAGAUCUUCCGCAAGGUGCAGCAGCAGAAGCAGAGGAGCAGCCAAACCAACACGGUGGCUCUGGGCAGCGGCAGCCCCGGCAGCACGGCCGCAGCGCAGGAGGAGAAGCGCCCGUGUUGUGUGGCCAUCUGAGGUGUGCAGGACCCCCAGGGCACCGCAGUGAUGCAGAGCUGGGUCUGCCAGGACACCCUGCCCAGCCAUGGGAGCCUCUGCUGUGACCGCAUCCAGCCCCGGUGCUGCUCCUGUGGGGCCAUGUCCUGAGGAUGUGGGUGUCCAUGCACACGUCUCCAUCCCAAGCCCUAAGGAGCCAAGUGGCAGCGCUCAGCCCCUUGGCACAGCUCUGUCCCCAUCCUAUGCGUGGGAUGAGCAUGAUGGCAGGAGCCAGGGAAGGUGCCUCCUGGCUGCACGGUGCAGAGCCGGUGCUGGGGCCCGGGAGCAGCUCCGUGUCCAGCGCAAUGGUGACACCAUCAUUAAAGGACUUGUGAAAGGCA